GUAGUCUGCAACAGUGGAUAUUAUCAUUCGAUCAGCUGAGUUUGUUCUUUCUAGGAAAAUGGUGUGAUGACAUUUUAGGAAUUGGGCAGUCAGUUAUCAGUUCAUGUAUUCCUUGUUAGUUUAAUUAUUUAUUACUUAUUUGUAAAAAUGGAUGGUAAUAAAGAUGAAGCAGAACGAUGCAUUGAAAUCGCAGAACGAUCUCUCAGCGAAGGCAAAAAGGAGAAGGCGGAAAAAUUUCUUCUCAAAGCAGAAAAACUAUAUUCCACCCAAAAAGCAAGAACACUACUGGAACAAAUUCAACGCUUGAACAGUGCUUCCAAACCUUCUAAGUCAGAAGAAUCAGUUCCGAGGAAACGCAAACAGUCAGUGCCCAGAAAAGAAGAUACUACUAACGAAUCUGAUUAUACCAAGGAACAAAUAGAAGCUGUCAAAAGGAUAAAGAGAUGCAAAGAUUAUUACGAAGUUCUUGGAAUUGACAAGGAGGCCACAGACAGUGAUAUCAAGAAAGCAUAUAAGAAGCUGGCUUUACAACUACACCCUGACAAGAAUAAGGCGCCCGGUGCUGCUGAAGCAUUCAAAGCCAUCGGAAAUGCGGUGGCUGUUCUGACCGACGCUGAGAAACGCAAGCAGUAUGACAUGUACGGCUCUGAUGAGAGCAGGGUCAGUCACAGGCACACACAAGGCAAUGCAUACCAUGAGUACAACUAUUCUAGAGGAUUCGAAUCUGAUGUAACUGCUGAAGAGCUGUUCAAUAUGUUUUUUGGUGGAGGUUUCUCGAGUGCCAACAACGUGUACGUCAGACAGAAUAACCAGUGGAGGCGACAACACGAGAACAACUCCCAUACACAAAGAGACGUAAGAACAACUGGUUUUGAUCAUUCAACUUUUAUUACUUUCCUUGCCCUAUUACAAUAGGUAAGGAAAGUAUUGCUUUCCGAAAAAAUUAAGGUACCCCAAUUUCUAUACGUUACAAGGUCCUCUGAGAAAUUCCCAGUGAUGAGAACGACAGUUAAUUUGCGAAUACCUUACUAUGUGAAAGACAAUUUCAAUACAGAAUACCAAGGAAGUUUGAGACGACUUGAAACAUCUGUAGAAGAAGAGUAUCUGACCAAUCUACGAAGUACGUGCUACAGGGAGAAGAGCUACAAAGAGACUAUGCUUUGGAAAGCUCGUAACUUUGGGGAUCGAGAUUUAUUCAAUAAAGCGCAAAAUAUGAAAACACCAUCAUGUGAAAUGCUACAGGAUUUAAGUAAUCGUAAUCAUUAGUUUAUAUUGUUAAAGGUAUUAUUAAAUGUUAUAAAUUGCAUUUGUUCAACUUUCCUCAUCAAUUCUGAUUCACGUAUUUAACAAAACACACCAGAUUUUUUUUUAAAAUAGAUUUGAUUUAAUUUGCAUUAUGUACCAUAUCAUCAUUAAGUUACUCAAUUUUUUAGGAUAUAGUAUUUUUCAGUACCGUAUAUCAAUCAAUACCGAGACAGCACUGUCUUUUUGGUUGUAUUAAGAACUAUUAAGGUAUUUUUAUUAUUAGUCGAUUUUCUUUCAAGAAAGAAUACAAUAUAUUCUAAAACAUAAUAUUAUAUAAUCACAUAUUGAUAUAUUGCUGUAUGAAAGCUAAAGAUUUUUCACUAAACAAUGAGUGGACAAGAUUAUAUUUUUCGAUGUUGAAUAUUCGAAAUAUUCCGAUGCUUUAAAAGUAAUUCAAUGAUUCAAUCAUUAAUAAAGAAUUGACUUUAUGUUGUUCGCAAUUUUGUUUGAAAAUUAGUCUCAGGAACUUUGAAAACUAUUUUGGCAUUAAUGUUUUUAGGUAGUUCUUGCAGGAACAAUGGCCGUUUCUCAUUUUUAUUCCAUUCCGUCAUUCUCACUUUCCGACAUUAAUUUAUUGUCACGACACCCAGUAUGUCGUCCGAUUGGCUAAUUCUCACCAACAUCUGAUUCUUAGUAAAUCUGAGGACAUUCUGUCUCAUACUGCCUUGCUUACGAUGGAAGUAGUAAUUUCCUUUCAAACUAAUCCAAUCAAAAUGAAUAAUUCAUAAAAAGUUGCGUGAGAUAUGAAUGAAAACUUCACCACCAACCACAAUACUGCCUCAAAACCUCAUUUAUGAAUAUUGAUAUUCCAUUUUAGGACUUGAGACAAGCAUCGCAUUAUGAUAUUUCAGGUAGAGGUUUUCGCAACUCAACAUCUAUUUUUCUUGUGUAUUUAUAAUAAAUUAUUCCACAACCCAGAUUAUUUUAUCCAUUCAGUUUUUUUUUUUUAGUUAUGUUUGGGAUAUAGGCCUAUGCUUUUUCUCUUUUAAAUGAAUACAACUUCAAAUUGUAUAGAUAUAAAAUAUAAAUUAAUUUGAUCGUUGAAAUAUUUCUAUAAUUUAGAAGCUUUUUAACUAACUACCGUAUACUACUUGUCUGCUGUACCAAAUUAUUUUAUGACUGAAAGUGUAAUUCCGAAACCGUUUGAUAUUAUGAGAUUUUUCUGUAAAGAAUCUUAGGUUAGUACUCUACUAAUAGAAUCUUUGAAAUAGUGUGAUAAUUUUAUACCUAAAUGUGAAUGAUAAUUUUUAGAAAUAAUCCCAGAUCAUGAUAUCUAAUAGGCCUUAUUUUCCAUAUUUUUUUUAUAAAUUUAAACUUUUUAAAUUCAGUAUUAUCGACUAACAACUCAAAAAGAGACGGCUAAGAUUGCAUUGUUUGGAAUCAAUUUUAAUUAAUUAGGCAUUAAGAAAAGUUUACUUCACGUCUCGCAUUUGACAGAACGUCCGAUUUUUAUACAAUACAUGAUGCGUUCAACUUCAAUUGAUCAAUAUUCAUAGCAAUAAAUAUACCUUUUAGUAAAACAUCGUUUAAUAUGUAAGAAAAAUGAUACAAACUAUUCCCAACUUCAUUACUUAUUCAAGAAAGCAAGUAAUGGUUAAAAUGUCCGAUUUUUCUGAGUCUAUAAAUUUAUUUAGAGAAAUUACAUUUUUUUCAAGUUGCAAUACAUACCGUACGUUUACAAAAUUUACCCAUAUUUAUUCUUAAAACAAUGCGUAAUACAAAGUAAGGCAUAAGACAAGCGUUCAUGAAUUUCGCGAGAGCAUUCUGUAAAAAAUUGAUAAAACGUAAUAUUUAAAGGCCCUCUAGUAAAAUGAGCCCUACCAGUUCAUUUUUACCAAGAAUCCAAAUGUUCAAGCUCUCAGCAUUUUCCUAUCCAGCCUGCUAACAAUAUUGGAAUAACAAAAUAGUGAAUGAUUAGUACAGUACAUUAUUAAAUUAUCAAAAUAGCUUUCAUUAUUCUGAAUUGUAAAACUAAGUUAAAUUCUUAUUUUUAAAUGAAUGUAAUUCAAUGAACCUUUAAACUAUUACGGAUACCUUUCAGUUUUUUAGUUGAAUUGAUUUUAUUCCUACGAUAUAUCAAUCAUCACUUUAACUAGUAGUUGAUGUUAGAUCUAUUAUUUUUCUCAUGACAUUAUUAUCUCAAGUUAUCAUGGUACUCAAAGGAAUUUUUGGUUGUGGUUUUUGGUUGAUUACGCGAUUUUCUUUUAGUUAAAAAUUAAAUAAUAAUGGUAUCAACGUCUCCCGUUCAUAAAAUUAUUUCCAAUAAACAAUUCGUACAUGAUUUUGCUGGAGUGUGAUGUAGUUUGUUUAGAAUUUGUUGGCUAUUGUUAUAGGUAGUCGCUGUACCAUUCGAUUUAAUUUGAUCAUAAUUAAAUUGUCAUUGUAAAUUUAUCAUGUACUUCUUGUUAUAUCUGUGAUUGUACAGUAAGUAAAAUUCACUGAUUGUAAUACUACUAAAUCAACAAAAUCACCAAGGAUUUAAAGCCUAGUGUUUUUUAAUACUUCACUAUCAACCGAUCAAUUUGAACAAAUUUCAUUAUUAAAAGGUUGAUACCAAGGACUCGCAAUACUCAAGAAGUGCAGUUAAUUUAGUUGUAAGAUACUGUUAGUUUGAAACUGUAUUGUUACAUUAAUUUAUUCCAAGUUGUUGAAUAAAUAAUUUAUUUGUUUUGA